GACAAAGGCCGCCCAACAGAUCAUGUGGUACCGCGGGAGGAAGUGCGGCUUGUUUUCCCGGCUAGGCUCUGGAGCGGCGGGCGCGGCGCGAUGCGCGGGUACCGGGGAGCGAACGGAUGCGAGCCCCGAUGAAGCUCGAGCGGCCCCAGCCUGAUGGAGGCGCCUCCGUGGGAGCCGGUGCGCAAUGAUUCCCUGCCUCCCACGCUGAGCCCCGCGGUGCCGCCCUACGUGAAGCUCGGCCUCACCGCGGUCUACACCGCUUUCUACGCGCUUCUCUUCGUGUUCAUCUAUGCACAGCUCUGGCUGGUGCUGCGCUACCGUCACAAGCGGCUCAGCUACCAGAGCGUCUUCCUCUUUCUUUGCCUCUUCUGGGCCUCGCUGCGUACUGUGCUCUUCUCCUUUUACUUCCGAGACUUCGUGGCGGCCAACUCGUUCAGCCCUUUCGUCUUCUGGCUGCUCUACUGCUUCCCGGUGUGUCUACAGUUCUUCACCCUCACGCUCAUGAACUUGUACUUCACGCAGGUGAUUUUCAAGGCCAAGUCAAAAUAUUCUCCAGAAUUACUCAAAUACAGGUUACCCCUCUACCUGGCCUCACUUUUCAUUAGCCUUGUUUUCCUGUUGGUGAAUCUGACCUGCGCUGUGCUGGUGAAGACUGGAGACUGGGACAGGAAGGUUAUCGUCUCUGUGAGAGUGGCCAUCAAUGACACACUCUUUGUGCUGUGUGCCAUCUCUCUCUCCAUCUGCCUCUACAAAAUCUCCAAGAUGUCCUUGGCCAACAUCUACUUGGAAUCAAAGGGCUCCUCCGUGUGUCAGGCAGAUCUGAAGAGCCAGCUGGGUGAUGCCGGCUACAUAGUGUUUGGCGUGGUGCUUUUCGUGUGGGAGCUCUUACCCACCACUUUGGUGGUUUAUUUCUUCCGAGUCAGAAAUCCCACGAAGGAUCUUACCAAUCCUGGGAUGGUCCCCAGCCAUGGAUUUAGUCCCAGAUCUUACUUCUUUGACAACCCCCGAAGAUAUGACAGUGAUGAUGAUCUUGCCUGGAACAUUGCCCCUCAGGGACUUCAGGGAAGGAUCUCUCCGAGCCUACCCAGAGAGAGCCAGAGCAUUUGCUGCUCGAAUCACUCAGUGGAACAUGACCUGGGACAUCCAGGCAGACACCUUGGAUCCUCUUCUAAAGCCAGAGAAUAUAUGAACAAUUAUCAGUAGAGUAUAUAUUAUGAGAACCAAAAUUUGUCAUUCUUAGUUAUUUACUAAGAUAUUUACAAGUGUCAUCUCAUUGUUUGCUACAGUCCUGUGAGGUCAGUAUAAUUGAGUUCUCAUGGUUCAAGAUCUGUGGGAGUCUCCUUGCUGGGUAAACAGCAUGGCCGGCCAGAGCACAUCGGAAUGUCCUCCAUUCUUGAAAAUUCACUUGCAGACUGGGCUUAGUCCUUUUGGGGGUGGGCACUUACACAUGGUGUGUGUAUGCUCAAGACAGUAAACAAGCUGUGCCUGGUGCCCUCAGCUAGAUCCAGAGUCUGGAUAACAGCUAGGAAAAGGAGGAAGGGGAGCACAGGCCUACAGGGCCAGGUGUAGCCCUUGUGGCCAAGCUCCCUCCUCCUAUGCACCUGGAUUUACCCAGGGCUCAAAGUUGUGCUUGCUCUUUGCUCUGUAUAACAGUGAAAGUCCUUGGAAAUGGGGGAAGUGCUCUGAAAGGACCUUGGUUUGGGAUACAGAACUGAGACAGAACACAUUGCUGUCUCAGUGAGGAGGGAGGAGAGACCCCUGAUCAGAUAAAAAGACAAGGCAGCAAUUAGGGGAAAGCACAGAGCGACUCUGGAAGCAAGCCAACAUACACAGAUUCCUCAGGGUCAAGGAUCUGAGCUCCACCUCUUCCUAAAACUUUUAUUUAGCUGCCCUACGCUUUCACCCUAUAACCCUGUUGGAGCAUCCCUAACCAUUACUUGCCAGAAGUUACCAAGAGCAGAGGGAAGUACUCACCCUGUACAAAAAGCAAGAAAAGAAAGACUCUUUUCUAUGAUAGAGGAAAAUAAAAACAGUGUUUUGAGUUCUAAUGAUAUUCUUAGAUAUUGCUCUUGAGGACGUUUACAAGUGUUCACUCAAGCCUGACAACAGCCCAACAAGAAAAUUGCUAAUGGGUUUCCUGUUCCAGAGAUAAGGAACUUGAGACGUGCACGUUAUCCAGCCAAAGCACGUGAUAAUCCUACCUUAGGGUUCAGGCAUAAUUUUUUGCUAAACCUAUGUUCUCCAAGUGGCUAGUUUUAGGUUCUGUAGUUCCAAACUUUUAAGUCCUGUAGGGUUCAGUACUUGAAUUCAGGCUGCCAGCACUGUGCACAGCUGUUUGGUAGAAAAUGGGUAAGACGCCAGCCUGAAAAACUCAGGUCUAUUGCUAAAAACUGGUUUUGUUUGUUUAAAGUUUUGCUCCAGACUACUAUGAUUGGGGACAACAAAAUAACAGCUUCCUGGCACAAGCAGGAACUUUGCAGCAAGACUCCACUUUGGAUCCAGACAAAGCAAGCCAAGGGUAGCACAGCAGCUGACACAGUCCUAUGGAAGAGUCCUCUACUGAAAACCUUCAGCCAGCCAGACUUGAUGACAGCUGAGUUUUUAAGGCAGUUUCCAUUCAGAAACAGAACUUUAUUUUUUGCUAGCUAUAGCUUUCUCAUGGCUCUAUAGGGCUAAGCAAUAAACCUUUAGUACUAGCAGAGAGCCUGGCUAUGUCAGUGAGUAUAAUUUAAACUUUUAAAAUCAAGAGAUUCUGUACUUUUAUAAAGAUGUAUUUUAUAUAACUUAAAUACUAAUGCUAAAGUAUACUAGGUUUUUCCUUGAUUGUUAAUUGCAAUGUAUGUUGUAGUUUGCACAAAUUUUCAUGCAUAAUUCACUUUAAAACGUAUAGAAUACGUGGUCUAAUAGUUUAAAGCUUUUGGAAAAGUUUCCACAAAUCUUACCUCUGAAGGUCACGUUUGUGAGUGCCACAGUGGUGUGCUCCUUUAACCGCCACUUCAGUGUUCAAGGUUAAGUGGCAGCAGAGUACCACGGUCUGGAUGUGAUGGGCUCAGCAGCAGCAGUUUCUCUUGAACUCUGUCCUAAGUCUGGUGCUUUUCUGAAAGCACUACUACACGCACUCCAGUAACAAGUGGAUACCGUCAGGAUGUAGUCACCCACACUAUUAAACCUCCUCUGCUGUGUGUGUAGCCAUUUUGUAGAGUUUCUUCAGCCUGGUGUAACUGAAUACUCACUACCUCAGUAGAUUGGGAGGACUGUGCCUUCCCCGACUCAGACAGUGCUCCCCGUAGUCAACGACAAGCCAAGAGGUCCCCACAGAGUAUUAACAAUAAAUGUUUCUGGGUUUCAAGCUCUAAAGGACUGUGGACUCCUGACAGCGUUUCUGUAAAACAUGCUUGUCAUUUGUGUGAGACUGACACGGUGCUCACUGACUUAUUUUUAAGUAGUAGUUCUGUCUAUUGAAAGCUGUAUGUGUGGAAAAGUGGCUCUGCCUAUGUGGUAGCAGCAUCCCUGUCUCAGCCAGAGAGUGUUGCAGACAAUGGUCCCCAUGUGCCAUCUCUGGGCUGCCCUGGGAAAACCCUGGAACCAAUGUGGCCCUCCUGGAGGCUGGAUGCUUUGGUUUCUCACAAAAUGCAUCAUUUGGUCCUAGACGUCACAGAGCCACAGACAGACAGUCAGUCAGUCAGUCUGUCUCUCUCUUUCACUCACUCACUUACACUUCACACAUUUCUCCUGCUGUGUCCUAAAGUUUGAGGAAAGAAAAAACAUAUCUGGGAAUGUAACUUAACAGGAUCAAGCCCACUUUUUCCUAUUUUGUUAUAUUUUAAAAUUGGGAGCCUAAAUUUCAAAAUGGGUUGUGAUUGAUUGGGUUUUUAUUAUAUGGAGCACAAAGUUGAAGACCUUGCAUAGCCCUGUACCACAUCUCUUUGCCUUUGAGUAAACUUCUGGGUUGCAGGCCAUUUAAAAUUGUUUCUUUGCCAGGGUGAAUUGUGGCAAAGCCUACACAAAUUGCCUAAAUCAGAAGUUUACAAUAGCAGCACAUAAGUUUAUCUGUCACUGUACCUGCAAUAAUUUGGCUAUUGCAGCCAGUGCACACAGCGCCUGUGUCCUUGUCUCCAGCAGGUCUGUACCUGCCAGCAGCCAAGGGCAAGGCUUUCUGGAAAGCACAGCAUCAUUAAGGUUGUUCUGUAUGCACUCCUUUUGUAGCACAUGCACCCUUUACAGCUGGUAUAUGCUAGGUGUCUGUAACAAACCAGCGAUAAUCCACCUUUACAACAAAGUUGUCAGUAUUCAUGUCAGCAGUAAAAAGACUACAGCUCUUAAACGUUGUCAACAUAUGCUGGAAUAUAAAUGCAAUGGCUGUGGGUCACAUGUAGGGAAGGAGGUCUGCAUUGGCUUUGCACCCUCCUCCUUCCUUCCUCUGCUAACAAAACUGUUCCUAAUGUGUCAAACCAAAGAAAAGGAAAGUUCAUGUUCACAGCAUCAUGAAACUAGAGACCUGGUAAUAUUAAAGCACAUGGGGCCAAGCAUUAUGGUUAUAAUCCCAGUACUAGGUCAAGUCUGAGGUUAGCCUGGGCUAUAGCAAUACUCAGAUAAAUAAGUUCAUGAGAAAGAGGCAAUGCCACUGAAAAUAUAAAUGUGGUACCUGCAGUGAGAUCUGAUGUAACAAGGACAAGACACACCUAUGUAGCUGCUGAGUCAUUUGCCUAAACAGUUAAGAAUUCUGGCCAACCUGUGUUCGUAUCCACCACUGAUUGACGCAUACUCCUUAGUUAAUGUCUGGAGUAUUACAAGUCAGUUGUGAACUAGAAGUUAUUACAGCAUAUGUCCCAGACACAUUUAGUUGUUUUUUGUUUGUUUGUUUGUUUGUUUGUUUGCUUGGUUUGGUUUUGGGACUUUAGUGACUGUAGUAAGGAUGCCUUAUUGGAUGGAUGCCAUACAUGGUAAGUAUUCUACCACUGAGCUAUAUUCCUCAGCUCUUGCCAAACCAUGUCAGAUACACUCAUAAUAGCUGUUCUGGUCCUGUGUCUAUCUGCAUAGAUAACAUAAACUCCGGUUCUUCCCCAAUCCCUCCUUCACUAAAACGCAACUGCUUUUUGUAGACAGUAUUGUGGAACCAAUACUGGACCCCUAUGAAGAGCAAAAAGGGCAUUAGUCACCGGGCACUGUAGAAGCAAUGUGAGACUCUCAUUUGGAGCUAUAUGUUUUCUAUUAGAAUAUUAGGCAUGCAUAUGCAUGUUAACCUACCUUCACAGUGGAGAUGAAAUCCAGGCCUUAAAUCGGCUAAGCAAGUGCUACACACAUUCUAGCCUUUGUUGUUUGUUCUACUACAAGAUUACAAAUAAUUUAUCAAAAUUUACAAGUUAAGCCAACUAUUGUAGAAAAGAAUUCUGCUUCACGUUCACCAGGCAGCAAUCUAAAGAACAGACUGGUGCAAAACGCAUCACUGUGCAGUUCUUCGUUAUCCAGUAUGCAUGAGCUAUUCACAGCUUCUGACAGAUCCAGGUGACAGAGCUAAUAGAAAAAGGAGCAGGCUCAAAUCAGAGUUCUCAUCAAAGACUACACAGGACAAGUAAAGUGAGAAAACUUUUAGAAUGGGACUGUAAAGACAGUGGAAUUUAGUCUACUGGGUACCUCUGCUGGACUGGGCAGUUGUCAUGAGUUUCAGUGUGAGACCACACAUAAACUUCCUCUCAGCUCCUGGCAGGAACACAUGAAAAACCCUUCCCCAAUGGAACAAAAUACCUGAUACCUGCUGUGGCCAUCUCUAUGUCCCAAACUACUGCACUCCUUAUGCCCUUGCCCUAUCCUUGCCCGAGGUAGGUGUUCAGUGUGAACUCAUUAAAUCCAAAUGCCUACAGGUAUCCACAUAGACCUUCUCCAAACCUUCAUUUGCCCCCAUUUUCUGAUGCAGAUACUUUACUAGUGAUUUCUUUCCCUCUAGGCCUUUUCUGGCUCAUCUCUCAUUCUGAUUUUCUGUAAUCUGAGUGGAUAUAUAUCCUGAACUUUACCCUAGUCCGAAGUGGAGUUCAGAGACUCACUUUCUUCAGCUCAUAUGAACCUCAAAAUUCUUCCCUUUCUAUCAACUCUUGUUUAUAUAACUCUUACCCAUAAUUCUGACACCCACUGGUCACUCCCCAGUCAUGGUCUUCCUUCAAGACCCUAAAUAAAGCACAAAAGAGUACAUGCAUUCAGAUAAACUGUGUCUUCUCAGGCCUGCUGUGUGAGUCUAACAGGUAUCCAACUUUUGGACAAAUAAAUGGAAUGAACUUUUUUUUUUAAAUGAAGGUAAACUCAAAAUCGUUCUUGGAGACGACAUCUUACAAGAUGAACUCAGACUUCAAUGUACAGGUGAUGUGCUGUACCUCUAUGAACUGCCCCAUUUACUACUCAAAAUUACCCCAGGUAGUGAAAAACUAAAAUGGUCUUUACGUUCUUCUAAUGGUUGAAUUAGAAGAAUAAAGAUAUCAAUAAAAGUACCUUCAAAUCUAAGGUUGUAGUUGUAGGUGGAGUGCUCAUCCAUGUGUAGAACCCUGGGCCCAAUCCCCCACACUACAUAAAAUGAGCAUGACAGUUUACACUUGUGAUCCCAGCACUUGGAGGUUGGGAGACAAGGAGAAUCAGAAGUUCAAGACCAUCCUUGACUAUAUAGUGACUUUGAGGACAGUCAGAUACUCAAGACCCUGAAAGUAAUGAAAGGGAGGGGUGGGGGGGGGCCCACAACAGAACAGUUCUGUUAUGCUAUGAGGAUUUUUUUCUAAGCUAACGUGGAAUCAUAAAUAGUACCUAGAAAAAUAAAAGGGUGCAGUGUGUGGACACUUUGAACAUAUCCAUAGUAAAUUCCAAAUCAAUAAUAAUGUGUUGGUGUCACAUUAAGGAAAGAAAGCAUUUCCCCUUGGUGUCAUUUAACUAAGAGUGAGCUCAGAUUUGAUUUCCUAUUUCAUGUUCCCUGUGUUUUCUGUCCUCAUCCUCUGUGUCUGUUACAUGAGUCUGAAUCUGUGCCUGCCUGACGUCUGUCUUGUAAAUCUAUCCCUGUGUGUUCAUCUGUCACAAAGGGCUUUGUUCUUUAUUGAGCAGCCCAGAAAGCAUACCAUGGAGAAGGAAUGAGGGGUAACAGAAAUCUUUAACAGUUUUACAAGGGAUUAAGUCAUAGAUUCCAAUUAACCCCAACUGACCCAGAAAACAGUAUUUCAAACACUACUAUCAGCAAUAUUCAAAUGUUGUGUGCAACAUUCAUGGUGGAUAUUCAUUUUAGAAGAUAGACUGCUUUCAACUUCUGUUUUCAGCAAAUGAUACCCAUUCAUUAAUGUUGGUCAGAGACAAGGUACAUGACUUAAGAUUACAGCUAGGCAUAGGGAAAUCCAAGGGCAGGUAAGGGUGAUAACACUAUUUUCUUAAAAGCUGAACAUACAGUAGGAUAGCAUCUUAAGCCAUAAGUGACCUCGGGGUAUACUAACCCUGGCUGUAAGGUCCAUCAAAAGUUCCAAUCCAGUCGCUUGGAAUGAAAAAAAAUUUUUUUUAAAUAUUGCAUCAUCGUAAGAGAAGAGCAAGGACUAAUAAAUAUUAUUCAAUUAAAACAAUGUCUACUGGUACAUAAUAGAAAAUGGACUGAUGAAAUGGAAACAGAACCUAGAUAAAGGGUUAAGUCCAUAAAAGGUGUCAGAGAUCUGUCUUAUCUACAUGAUUCCCCAAACUAGUCAUAGACAAGUUGACUAGAGAUUCAGGAUCAAGCAGGUUAGUAUUUUGUACUAGGGUCCAAAGGAUCAGAAAUCAGAAAUGAAAAAGCAAAGCCAUCAGUUCUUCAGAGAAAACAAUGCCAGUGGAUUACUGUAUGGGUCUGAAGUGAAGAAGACAAUCUGAGUUGAUACAGAAACUACCAAACUGACAAUCAGAGCAUAUGACAGCAUGGUAAAACCAUUAGAACAAAGCCAAGUAAUAAACUGGAAGAAUACGCAGCUCAUCGCACUUGAAGAAUUAAUAUCUCUAACAGGUGAAUUCAGUGCACAAAGGACCUAAGCAACUUCAAGGGACUCCUUAAUAUAUUAAGAGUUGGUGAUUUUAUACAUUGAGGUUUAAAAAUGAACAUUCUAAAUCUACAUACUAUCAGAAUGCCCGACUCUAGCAUUGGAAUCUAUCUCUGGUAGUGGGGCUGUGGGUGAGCAAGUGCAGAUGUGUGUGAGCUGAGCUAGUCCCGUGGAGAGCAACGUCCAAGUCAGUACCUCUCAAGUCUACAAGUGUGUGUGGUCUCUCACCUUUGAAUACUUAGAAAUGUACAUAUACAUGUGUGACAUGAUAUGUGGACAUGGUCUAGGAACAACUCAAAUGCUCAAGAAUGGUUCCACUCAACUAAACACUGGCAUAGCCAUAGUGAGGAUACCAAGGAACCAGUAAAGGGAAAAAGCUAUCUGGUGAUACAUUGCCAGUGAAAUAAUUAGGUGAUAAAAUGCAGAUGGUGUGUAUGUGGUAUUACUCCAAGAAAAAAUAAGAGCGAAUACAGAAAUAAGGUUUUACAUUUAUAUUUGUUGGCAUAUAUAUGGGUUAUGGAUGGAAAUACAAAAGGCCAGGGGCAGAAGGUAUAUGUGUGCACUAUGGGAAGCUGGGAAGACAUUGUAUUUUUAGUAUAUAUUGUGUUUUUUAACCAUGUGAAUGUACCACCUAUUUGGAAAGUUAAAUAAAACAAGCAUUUUGUAA